UUAUUGUGUGUCGUGAAAAAUCGGUAAUCCACCCCAACAAAAAAGCGAUAUAAAGUGAGAAAUUAUUGUAGAAAUUUGUUAAUUGCUAACGGUUUAUUGCAAAAGUGACGCUUGUCACUUCAAAUGUUUUUUGCAUUGUUAUUUCACCUGUGUAUGUAACUGUGAGAGGGGGUGGCAGUGAAGUGAAUAAAAAUGUGUAUUUUACAGUUAGGAUAUUUGAGAAUUUAAGAAAGUGCCAGCAAAACAAAAGCAAUUACAUAAAUAACAAAUAUUUUAAGGUGACCGGCAUAAAAUUGGACCAACUAAUGUGCAAAGUUCGUCAAAUUUGGAGAAUUCGUAGAAAUUAAAUUAUAUGAAGAUUAUUUGUGAAUUGAGCGAAGGUGGCUGGGGCAGUUAUUGACCGGUUUGAAAAUACUUACAGUUUCUCAAUAGCUCAACAAUUCUUUUGCUGUUAUCCAUUGUAAAAUUAAACAAACGAUGAAGCUUCUUACUAUGAAGAUAGGCAAAGACCUAGAGAAGAGAGAAAAAUAGACCGAAAUUAUUCAUUUCUGUUACUAAAUCUUUCUACAAUCACUUAACUACUUUGUGCUAUUUAAAGAUCUCACUUAUAAACUAUUUCAAAGACAACAAUACAAAUAUUACCAUCUGAUCAAAUUUGACCCGCACUGACAAAAAACUACAUCUUUCUUAAAUCUUUAAAAUAGGCUGUUUCCGUCUCUUGUAGAAUGUUUUUGCAUAAUGUAAAAAAAUAUUCUUAAUUUCAGAAAAAUCAAUUAUCAUUAAUUUUAGCACAUCUUAAAGACUAUACCGGGCAUCUGUUCCGGCUCGUGAAAGGUGAAACGAAUGGCGCUAAUACGCUGCUGUUUCGAACCAGUUGAAUUACCAGAAUUUUUCGACACUUUUGUACAGAAAUGUACGGAUCCAACAUGUUGCUGUGGUUGUUGCUCAGCGCUACGCCCGCGCUACAAACGGCUGGUGGAUAAUAUAUUUCCUGUAAAUCCUGAAGAUGGACUUGUCAAAUCUGACAUGGAGAAGUUAACAUUCUACUCUCUAAGAUUCCCAGAUAAACUAGAUCGUAUUGGUGAAUAUCUGUAUCAAAAAGCUAGUAAGGACAUAAAUCGCAAGCGUUACAAAUUUGUAGAAAUUGCCAUGGAGGCCAUGGAUUUACUGCUGCAAGCUUGUCAUGCACAGACUACAUUGAACUUGUUCGUUGAGUCUUUUUUGCGUAUGGUACAAAAGUUAUUGGAAGACACUUACCCCAAUCUACAAAUUAUGGCCACCAAUUCGUUCGUAAAGUUCGCAAAUAUUAACGAGGACACACCUUCGUACCAUCGGCGUUAUGAUUUCUUUAUAUCAAAAUUCUCCGCUAUGUGUCACGGCAACCACGAUAAUAUUGAAUUGCGCGAUAGUAUACGCCUAGCUGGUAUUAAAGGUUUGCAGGGUGUCAUACGAAAGACUGUCUCCGAUGAUUUGGUUGAGAACAUAUGGGACAAAGUGCAUAUGGAAAAAAUUGUACCGUCAUUGCUGUUCAACAUGCAGUUUUGCGUGAACGUUUUAUUUGUGAAGAAAAGUUUAAUUGCGUCCGGCGAUUUAACACCCGUUGAAGACGCCACACACGUCACACCACCAGUACUAGCCGAAGAAGUGCUACGCGAACUCGUUGGACGUGCAUCUUUCGGCCAUAUACGCAGUGUUUUGAAGCCACUGCUUACCCAUUUGGACCGCCACGAAUUGUGGGUGCCAAACACAUUCGCCAUACACUCCUUUCGCAUUGUAAUGAUCUCCAUACAGCCGCAGUAUUCAUAUACAGUUGUGGAGACUUUAAUGCAACAUUUGGACAACAAUUUCAAGUCAUCGCCGAAGACACGCACAUCUUUGGCUGUUGUACUAUCCAAGAUAAUAGCGAUCGCUGCUGGCGAAAGUGUCGGUCCCUCUGCAUUGGACAUUAUCAAUAAUUUGCUAACACACUUGCGUACUAGCGUCAGCACCACCACAGAAAUUACCAACGAGGAAUCGCAAUAUCAAGAGGCACUCAUUAAUGCGCUUGGCGAAUUCGCUAAUCAUCAUCCCGAUUAUCAAAAAAUCGAAAUCAUGCUAUUCAUUAUGAAUACGGUGCCCGAUUUGUCGAAGAAAAGCAAAGGCGAUCAAAUGUUGCAGAAUAUACUUUUGAAAUCGCUACUGAAAGUUGGUACACAAUACAGCACCGUUUCAUUCGAAAAAGCCUUCCCGGCAUCUUUCUUACAACCGUUACUGAAGAUGGCACGCGCACCACAUGAUCCGACACGUGUCAUCGUUAUGCAGAUCUUCCAGGCCCUACUAGAUCGCCAUCAAAACGAAAAAGUGCUCAGUCACCUGACCGUGAAGCCUUACGCAGCUUUGUCGCAGGAGCCACCAUCGCGCUCGGACAUCAUAUUCACACAUAAAUAUGGCGCAAAUAUAAUGCAGGCUCUCAUCGACAGUAUGGCUCUGUCGGAUCGUGUUGAAUCGCUUGCAUCCAGCUACAAUACGGCAGCUUUGCUUAUUGUCGAAAUGGCUUGUGGCGAGACCGUGCAAGAAUUCUUGCUCUUCAUUUUGGGCAUUCAACAGGUCGCUCUCACCGCUGAUUUGGAAUUAGAAGUAGUGCAUAAAUGCAAUUUACAUUGUAUUGCCAUCGCUUUGUUGUCUUUGAUUUCGCGCGUUACCGGCGUAAAUAACUUGCUUGAAUAUGCGCAGAAAAUAAUCGAUGCACGAAAAGAGGAGGCACCAUAUUUUCUGCCACCCUUAUUGGAUCCCAAAAAGACGGGUACUACGAAAAUGAAUCUAAACCUACCCCACCUGAGCAUCGAUAAAAUCGCGCUGGCCGAAAGUCUACAAAAUGCCGGCAUGGACUCGAAUCGCUUGCAGACCGGCACGCCAUAUGCGCUGAAUCAAACCGACAAUCCAGCCCACCGUCACUCCUGGGUCGACACUGUUAGCAAUCCACAGUUGGCGCAGCGCAAUAGUUCCGCAGAUUUGACGGCAUACAAUGCCGACGGCGAUAGCGUUACAAGUUCACCAGGCGUCUCUAAGAAAAUUCUUGCGCCCGAAUACAAUUUUGAGGCCAUGAAACGUGCAUUGGCUGAACCCUCCGAGGCGAUGAAACGCGAACAGCGCGAAAAGCAGUUGCAAAUAGUACGCACAUUUCGUGAGGGCAACUUUGAGGAUUUGGUGCGGUGCACAGAGCCAAAACAUGAUCUUAUACAAAAUCGCCUAAAUGAUCUGUUUAACUCGCUGGCCGUAGAGCGUCAGAUAACACAAAGCGACAUUAAAACGCAGCAGCUGCAAGCAGAAAAACCGAUUUACGAGACGAACUUUCCCGAAUUGUUCUAUUAUUAAUUUAUGACAAGCAUGUAUAUAUAUACUUGUAUUAUAUAUAUCCAUAUUAUAUAAUAUUAUGUCCAUUAUAACGAUUUACUCGCAUAGCGAUUUGCUAAUAAUUAACGCUGGGUGCGUUAAAAUGCUCCCAUGAUAUAUUUAAUAUGUCUUCUCGCUUGCAAAAAUGUUUAAAACAAAUAAGUGUUCAAUAUAGUUGUUGCAAUAUACAGUUAACCCUUUUUAAUGCUUUUAAUUGUUAAUCAAGUUUGUAAUAGUAUUGGCAUAGUUUAGUUAUUGAUACUAUUUGCUUAUAUUAUAUACUCGUAUAGUAUAUCGUAUUGUAUAUUUAUUUUGGCAUUAACUAAUUAUGAAUAGUUAUUAUUUUAUUGCUUGUAGUUAUAAAAAAUUUUGCGGAAUUAUAUUGGAGUAUGAGAAAUUUGGUAAACCACAUAAAA